AUGCAUCUAAUUAUCAAAAGAAGGAAAGAAAAUUUAAAAGAGUUAGACAAAGAGAUAAAUAAAUGCCAAGAUAUUUUACUUAACUCCACUAAUGAGGAGCAAUUUGAAAACAUCACCUCCCACAUUGAGAGAAAUUUAGAUAAACUUGAGGUAGAGGUUAUAGGAGUGAAAAAGAAUAAAUAUCUCAGAGAUGUACAGGAUUAUGAAUUAAAACAAGUCAGAUCUUUUUCCAAAUAUGCCCAAAAAUAUCAAGUGCCCCAACAGGCUAGCUCUAUGGGAUUAAGGCAAAAUUAUCCUUUAGAGGAAAACAAUGAAGAACAUAUAAAUAAAACAUAUAAGGAGAAUUAUGAUCAAUUCAAAUACCCUAGGAGAUUUUUUCACAAUGAAACAAGAGAAAAGUGGAGACCAAGAUCAAAUAAUACUAGGGAUAAUUACAAUCAUACUAAUAUAGGGAGGAAUUCAGAAGGAGAAAGAAAUUAUAGGAAUAGGAAAGAUUUUCAGAAUUAUAGAGAACAGAGACCAUAUAGGCAAUACCAGAGUAAUCAAGAAAGAAUCCCCACUCAUAAUAGAUAUGAAACUCUGUCAGACUAUAGAGAAGAAGAGGUUUUUCGACAGUUAAAAACCAAAGACAGACACAAGUUAGACCAAGAGCAAAAUAUUUCAAUCAAUUCCAGAAAAAGAAGAGCCUCAGAUAUAGAGGAACAAGGGGAGGAAAGCGAAUACAGAUCAAAAAGAAGGGAUCUGAAUCUACGGAAUUAA